GUAAUCGAAUCGGGAAAUAUAUCGCCUGAAAUUUCCGUUAAGAAUUUUUAAUUUUAAUUCCUUUUCAAAUUUCAAUUUUCCCUGACAUAUUCUCUUGUUUUCUUUUGUAAUCUCUUUUCAAGCUUUUUUUUUUAAUUAAAUUUUCUCGUUAUCCAAACAGUCCCAUAUCUAUUGUUAUUCGUUCUCUUCGCCGCUCUGAGUUCAAAUGGAGAUGGCUAUGGAGGAUUCGCGUUCCAGUACCUUGCUUUCUAUUCGCUCCAUGGCCUUCGAGGCUUUCUCUGCCGCUGUUAGAACGCGACGGUUUGCUAAGAAUCCGAUACCUAAUUCCCCGCGAAUAUCUAUAGUUGUAGUUUGUUAAAGUGUUUUUCUGUUGUUAGUGUUCUUAAAGGAAAUUUGUUGGCUUAAUAUUUCUUUGCUUGAAACCUGGAAAUUCGAAUUAUCGAAGUAGAAGUAUCUUGUUUUUAUGAAGUUCUGCGAGAAUUUUAGAAGUUCGUUUGUGAAUUUGAAGUUUUAGAGCUUUGUGGAAUUAUCGAUACUUGGUUAGGGUUUCAUGUGGAAGAAGUUGAAGGAACUUAGAAAUUUGAAGUUGAUUGCUUUGAAUUUUGUUUAACCUUCAAAUGAAGUUAUGAAAAUUGAUUCUUAGGACUUGUACGCGCGUGUAAAAAGUUGAAACGAACAAAGAAAUACUAAAUUUGGAUUUAAUUUGUGGAAUUGUGGAUUAAGUUCAGUUAGGGUUUUAACCAUAUUGUUUAGUUAGAAAUUUGAAUGGAGGAGAGGAGGGAGUUAGGAUUCCAAAGGAAAGGUGCUUGUAGCUUGAAGGAACAAUUAGCAAAAACAACUCUGAACAAUGUAAGAUCGCAAGGGCAUACUUAUGUAGAGCUUCGCGAGGAUGGGAAGCGGUUCAUAUUCUUCUGCACUUUGUGUCUUGCACCAUGUUAUAGUGAUUCAGUGUUACUUGAUCAUUUGAAAGGGAGCCUUCACAAAGAGAGGUUAGCUGCUGCUAAGAUUACGUUGUUAGGAACUAAUCCAUGGCCGUUCAAUGAUGGUGUCUUGUUCUUUGGUGCAUCCAAUGAAAAGGAGAAACAAUCUGCAGUUGUAAAUGAUAACCAGAAUAGGUUGUUGGAGUUUCAAAACAAUGAUAUCCUUGCUGUUGUGAAAUAUGUUGGCAAUCAAGUUAGUUCCAAUAACAAGCAAGUGAAUGGUAAAGCUGGGGAUUCUGAUCUGGUGAUUCCAGGGGUGCUAAUGAAGGAUGAAAUUUCUGACUUGAAAUUGAAUUUUAUUGGUUUUGGGGAAAUUGCUGCUAGGUUCUCCGAGAAUGGAGUUUCAAAUAGUAUCAGCAGAAUAUGGUGUGAGUGGCUAGGGAAAGAGGCUCCCAAAAAUGAUGAUAAGUCGAAGGUCUCGAAGAAUGAAUUUGCUGUUGUAACUUUUGUUUAUAAUUGUGAUCUAGGUAGAAGGGGAUUGCUCGAUGAUGUCAAAUUACUAUUAACAUCUAGUUCAACAGCAGAUUUGGUUAAUGGUGAAGCUGCUACUAAGAAAAGGAAGAAAUCAUUUUCUGACCCUGAGGAUAGUGAAUCUUUGAGAAAUCAGUAUGAUUCAUCUGGGGAAGACUCUUCAGCUUCAAAUGGUGCUUCUUCAAGUCUGGCAUUAGCUCGAUACGAUGAUCAGCUUCUGCUCACAAGAUUUAUAUCAAAUAAGGCUAUAAGGAGGGAGUUGAGGCGGCAACAGCGCGUAGCUGCUGAAAGAAUGUGCGAUAUCUGUCGGCAAAAGAUGCUUCCUGAUAAAGAUGUAGCGGCACUGAUGAACUUGAAUACUGGAAAACUUGUUUGCAGUAGUAGAAAUGUUAAUGGGGCCUUCCAUUUAUUUCAUACUUCAUGCCUUAUACAUUGGAUACUCCUAUGUGAGGUUGAGAGGAUCGAGAACCAGCCAGUUAAUCCUAAAGUAGUAAGACGAAGAUCUAGGAGAAAAAGUCGAACCAAAUCCACUAAAACGGGGAAGAAUGGAGAGGCUAAACCCGCAGGAACCCUGAUUACUUCUGUACUCUGCCCAGAGUGCCAAGGAACUGGUAUUGAGAUUGAAGGAGAUGAGCUGGAGAAGCCUGAGAUAUCUCUUUCUCAGAUGUUUAGAUAUAAGAUUAAAGUAAGUGAUGGUCGUAGAGAAUGGAUGAAAAACCCUGAAAUUCUGGAGAAUUGCUCUACCGGCUUUCAUUUUCCUUCUCAGUCUACAGAGAUAAUUCAGGAGAAAGUAAUGCCAUUAAAAUUGCUGCAUUUCUACAGCGCCGACAUGUCUGAAUGAAGCAGGAGCUUCGUUGGGUGAGUUCUGCAAUUCAUGUUAUGUUUAAUGUGCAAAUGUGUUUAAACCUGUG